CGAGUGCAGCGGGGCCCAACGCAACAGCCGCCCUUCAGGUCCCGAGGCACGCGGGCGAGUGUAGGACGCUGUCGCGCUCGGAGGCAGGGGCGUGACAGCACUUUCAGUUGAUUGCGGAGAGGGGCUGGCCGGACACUCGCGCACUAACCCCGAUUUAACCGAAGGCGCGAAGGCAAGGAGCCGGGCUCAGGCUUGGCAAGCAGAGGCUGCGGACCCUUCCUUAGGCCAGCCGGGGAGUUCCCCAUUUGAGAGCGUCCUGGGUCCAAGCAGCCCCGUGCUCCGGGUGCCAUGGCAACCCACGCGUCCGGCGGGGCCCGCGCGCGCCGCGGGGCUGGCCACUGCCGGAAGUGACGCGUUUCACCUGCCGAGCGAGGGCGGGUUGGGGCGGGGGUGCAGAGGUGCCAGAGCUGCCUGGCAGUCGGGAGCGCGCGAGGCGAGACCGCGGGGAGACCGAGACCCCGGGCGAGAGCCCCCUACCUGCAGUCACCUCCCACGGCCCGGCCGCCACCAUGGCGCUUCUGCUGCGCGUCCUCCUCCUGUGCGGAGUCGCUGAUUUCACCAGAAGUUUGAGUAUUACUACUCCUGACCAGAUGAUUGAAAAGGCCAAAGGGGAAACUGCCUAUUUGCCAUGCAAAUUCACUCUUAGUUCUGAAGACCAGGGACCACUGGACAUAGAGUGGCUGCUAUCACCGGCUGAUAAUCAGAAGGUGGACCAAGUGAUUAUUUUAUAUUCUGGAGACAAAAUUUACGAUAACUACUAUCAAGAUCUGAAAGGACGAGUACAUUUUACAAGUAGUGAUCUCAAAUCUGGUGACGCAUCAAUAAAUGUAACAAAUUUACAGUUGUCAGAUAUUGGCACAUAUCAGUGCAAAGUGAAAAAAGCCCCUGGUGUUGGAAAUAAGAAGAUUCAGCUGACAGUUCUUGUUAAGCCUUCAGGUACAAGAUGUUAUGUUGAUGGACCAGAAGAAAUUGGAAAUGACUUUAAAUUAAAGUGUGAACCGAAAGAAGGUUCACUUCCGUUGCAAUAUGAAUGGCAAAAAUUGUCCAACUCAAAGAAACUGCCCACACCAUUGAUAUCAGAAAUGACUUCAUCUGUUAUGUCUGUAAAAAAUGCCACUACUGAGUACUCUGGGACAUACAGCUGUACAGUCACCAACAGAGUGGGCUCUGAUCAGUGCCUCCUGCGCCUGGAUGUUGUUCCUCCUUCAAAUAAAGCUGCGACAACUGCAGGAGCAAUUAUAGGAAUUUUGCUUGCUCUAGUGCUCAUUGGUCUCAUCGUCUUCUGCUGUCAUAAAAAGCGCAGAGAAAAGAAGUAUGAAAAGGAAGUUCAUCAUGAUAUCAGGGAAGACGUGCCUCCUCCGAAGAGCCGGACGUCCACUGCCAGAAGCUACAUCGGCAGCAAUCACUCGUCCCUGGGGUCCAUGUCUCCUUCUAACAUGGAAGGGUAUUCCAAGACUCAGUAUAACCAGGUGCCAAGCGAAGACUUCGAACACGCUCCUCAGAGUCCGACUCUCCCACCUGCUAAGGUAGCUGCCCCUAAUCUUAGUAGGAUGGGAGCGGUGCCCGUGAUGAUUCCUGCACAGAGCAAGGACGGGUCUAUAGUAUAGCGUAGAGCCUCCAUGCUUCUCAUCUGUGUGCUCCACGUUUCCCUUCUUAAAAUGUGAAAACCUGUUGUGUUCCAAAUUUUGCUACCAGCCUCAAAAUAGAUCCAAAAGAAGUUAACCAGAACCUGUUAAGAGCUGUGCUUCCAAAAGUUUUCUUUCGUGAUAUUAAAAUAGUAAAGGCAUUAAGGUAACUAAAGACAAGUUCACCACCUAAAAAAAGAUUUCCUUUAAGAAGUUGAUUUUAUAGGUUUUUAAAUGUCAUCGCUUAAGCAACAUGUAGCACUUUGAAUAUGAAAUCAUAGGUGAAGAAAUGGGUGAACUUAACCUGCACACCAAGUUGAUACUUGAAUUAUCUGGAAGUGGUACUUUAUAAUAGCUGCCAUUAUUUUUAGGAUGCCUUUUGCAAUUAAUUUAUGACUCAGUAGUCCCCCCCAAAUUGAUAAAAGAACGUUCAUGGCAAAAAUACUUACAUAAUUUAUGUUUGCUCUUGUUUUUAUAGCUUCUUGGAAAACUCUAAAUGGUUCUAGAAUAGCUCUAAUAACAUAGAAAACACUACAGUGUUCUAGAAAUUACUAGUUUUCCCUUCAAGUCAUUCAUAAACCUCGUCUAUGAACGAUUUAAGUAUUUAAUUGAUAGACCACUACAGGCAACAGGGACAUAGUAAGCUCUUUUAUAUGCUAAAAUAAAGGAGCAUCUGCGGAUUCAUUUAGGAAAGUUGCUGUCAGCACAUAGAGCAGUGAUACUAGUUGGGCAGAAGUGAGGAUGGGUUCUGGAUCAUGAGUAAUCUGAUACCUGGAGGCCCGUGGCGGUCUCCAGAACACUGACCAGCUGCAUCAAGCAUGGAAUAUUUUGUAGUUCCCAACUACAUACUGGCUCUCUACUUUAGGUGAUACUUUUUUUCUAAUAAGAAAAAAUUAGAGCUUGCUUCUUAUUUGACAGAUAAAGAUUGAAUUUCCUAACUAUUGGUUCCAAAUUAAAAUUUUCUGGUUCAGUGUUUUAUUGUUUUUGGAUGGCGUUGCAUGGUAUACGUUCUAGAAACAUGUAAUUCUAAAUUUGCCUUCUUGAAUGUAGUUACUGGAGGAUGUUUCUUCAUAGAUUCAGAAUGAUGAAAUACAUUUUAAGCUAGUAGGUGUCCUCCAUCAAUUCUGUAUUUCAGACUUGGGAGGAUGUACAGUUGCUAUUGUAUGGCCAACAUGUCUUUGUGUAGUUGCAGAAAAUCAAGUUGAGCUUGGAAAAUUUUGAGUCUUAGUUUUGUGAAAGUGCUUUAUUCUUUAAAAAAAAAAGAAAGAAAGAAAAGGAAAAAGAGUAAAAGGAAUACUCUUAACUGCCAAAUGUGUUAAAUACUGUUUUAGUAGAAGAAAAUGAAUUUAUUGUAUUUCCCUUAAGAUUGUGAGGGAGUGUAGAUAUAGUAGGAUGAGCUGACAGUUUAUAGUAAAUAAGGCCUGCAAUAAAUUAUUUCACUAGCUCUAAAACCUUUUCCCUAGAUUUUAGUAGGGAGUUGGUUUCUGUUAAUCUCUUUGUGUGCUUUGGUGGUACAUGCUACAUUAUAAAUUAAUAUUGCCGUGAAUUUAUGAUUAGGAAAAGUAUUGUGUACACUUUUUAAUGGUAAAUUUAAGCUGAAUGUCUGUGUAAUGGAUUAGCAUAUAGUUUACAUUAUUUGGAAGCAUUUUUUAAAUAGAUUUUUAACCUUACAUAAUAUUGCUUUUAUACUUGUGUUAACCUUUUUCUUCUGUGCCUUUUGGAUAAUUUAAUUUUUAUUAUGAAUUUCUGGUGCCUAUGAGCUAGCUAUCACCUGAAAGGUGCUUAGAGGUGAAGGUACUGUUCCUCAAAAUGCAUCACUGUGACACACCUUUCUAUCCUCACACUUUCAAUCUUGCCUCCUCUUUUCUGUUCUUUAUAGAUGUAAGUUAACUGAUAGUGCUAUUCAUAAAGAUUUUAAAAUUUCAACAUCCCCAACACUCUUCAACUGUGUUUCUGAUUUUAUAACAGUAACUAUUUUUGAAUGCCAGAUGUCUGGUUUAUUUAUAUGAAUAAAAUUUAUUUAUAAGAUAUUACAAGAGUAAUAACAGCAUAAACGUUAAUAAAAUUUUGGUCCUUUCUGUUCCCCGUUUUCAUGUAAUGAAGAUUAUGCUAUCAAUGUAAUUAGGAAUUGCUACACAAAAUGAACAUGUAUGACUUACCUUCUCUUAGAUUUUGUAGUUAGUCUAGGAUUAGCUAUGAGUAAAUCAGAAUCUCUUCCAGAAGCUCUUUCAGUCUAGGUCCAUAUCACCUACAACCUGAGAAACGAGCUCAUAAAAAAUCAGUUGUAUAACCUGAAGAGACCUGUUAGGAGUAAUGAAGUUUAAGGGACAGAAUUCAUUUGUAGGCCAUGUCUCCAGCUACUCUUAUUGUAAAUUUCGAUUAAUCCAAAAGUCAGAUAGUUCUGAUGACUUUCCAAAGCAUCCCCACUGAUAGUUUCAGUUCAACCAGAGAUCAAAUAUUUGUUCUAGAGUUAUUAUUAGUAGUCAUGAAGCAGUUCAACAAGAAAUUGUUAUUUAAGCAUUUCCAUUAGAGCUAAAUAAUAUCAGACCAGGACGGCACUGCAUCUUCGAGGCAAAACCAUUUCUUCACAGAAGAGACUCGCCACCGUCUUGCUGAGAGUUACACAGGAAAACUCUUAAAGAAGUGAUACCAUACAGGAUGUAGGUCUGUGCUUUGAUAUGUAUUUUAUAGGUGCUCUUUUUCUUAUUGACACACUUACUAAUAUUCCCUGUUAGAAGGCCCUCCGUCCCCCUAAAAAAAAAAUGUUAUUGCUUACACUGACCAGUUACUCCAGGUAGAUGACUUCUUUUAAAUUCGGGCUAUCUGCCAUGGAAUUGUUACAAUGGAAACAUAGUCUGAGUGUGUUUCAGGAGGAGGUUAAUUCAAGAAACAAUUUGGUUAUUGGUAUGAAUUAAUAUCUAAUUUUCAUUAAAAAGAUAAUUUUCAAGAUUGAGUUCCAGAAAUUUGGAGCAAGUGAAGGGGCAAGUAAACAUUUUGAUUGAAUAUAAAAAGAACUCAUUGCAUGAAAUUGGAUAUCAGAUUUUGUAAUGUAUGGCUUCUUAAAAUAACCAGUCUAUCUUUUUGUGUGCGUGCAGCAUGUAAAUUCGAGAUGUGAAUGUUUAAAAAUUUUUCUAAUCUCUUUUCAUCUCCACAGUGUUUAGGGCUUUCAGAUGCCUUAUUCCAGUGUAAACAGAAAAGUCCAUAUUAUGUAGUUAAUGCUUUGAUGUGUCAUGUAAGGAGUAAUUUAUAGAAAAUGUUGGCAUCAUUUUAACUUUUUAGUGGCUUGUGACAUUAUAGAUUAUAUAUAUGUAUAUAUAUCUUUGUAAUAUUUCUGUGUUUAGGAGUGUAAGUGUUCUGGGCAAGUUUUACUAUUUCAGAUGCCUUUGGGUAUUCUUGGAGUAAAGGCAAUAUACAGUUGGAUUUUUUUUAUUCAUUUGCCUAUUUUGACAACUAAAAUAUGGUCCAUAACUGUGUGUAAAUCCUACUUAUAAAUAUUAUAGAAGCCGGAAAGAAUAAUAAAUAAAUUUGUUAAUUGCAGUUCUGUUUAGUAACACCAGCAAAUAGUUUAUCUCAUGGAUAGUAACACCAGCAAAUAUUUUAUUUUAUGGAUAGUAAACACUAGCAAAGAUUUGCUGCAUCUGGCUUCUUACCAUUAAAACCAAGUUUUACAAAAUAUCCUAUCUGAUAAUAUAAGAGUGUGGUGAUAUCAGUUGGAUUUGGUUUUGGUCCUGGACACCAAAAGUUUCAAUCAAGGAAGAACUUUGUGUUUUCAGCUAACUUAUUUAAUGACACAAGUGUUAAGAAGACCACAGUUCACUUAUUCUCAUCCCUAACUGUGAAUUUUUGUAAUAAAUGCACUUGUACUACUGAGAAAAAAAUAUUUUGACACUUCACAUAUGCAAGUAGAGAAUUGAUAGUGUCAGUUUCAAAAAAAAAAUGAUUUUUAUAUUUAGUUUCUGGCUUAAAUAUCCAAUGGUGCAGAUUUUGAAAUUUGUACGAACAAAAUAAGGUUAAAAAACCAAGAACUUGCUCUAGUUUUGUGACCUUGUGUACUUUUAAAAUAAAAUCAAGAAAGUAGU